AUGGCCCCCGGCGCUGUCACCAGGCUAGCUGGGACCAGCACCCUAUUCCUUUUGCAGCUCAUCAUUCUUGCACUGGACCUUGUACCAUUUCUCUGGGAACGAAUACCAUUGCUUUUGGGCAAGCUUGUCCCGGACAGGAGGCGUGCAGACUUGGAAAGCACACCAGCAGAGCAUGACGGCGAGGAAGUCGGAGCCGAUCAGCUAGAAGAAAUAGAAAUGAUAUUUGAAGACAGUCCAGACAAACCGAUAAAAAGGGUUCCCGGACGGCAGCUAGGGGCGGUCUUACUGGGUAUUUCCGGAAUUGCAUUCGCUGCCGCCAGUUUCGCUGGUAAAUACGGCCAGCAACACGCCGCUAUUCCUUCGACUGCGACAGCAGCUUCUUCUGCCUGCGGCAAUGCUUCAGCAGCCAUGGUUGAUGGUGAUAUCGGCGGCGAAGGUAUCCGCAUUGCUAUGUGGGCGCAGAUUGCGACACUCAUCACCAUCACCAUGCUCGGUAUCUUCCAGUGCAACGCCCUAGGAGCGAAAGAGAUCGGGGCAGGCUUAGCCAUCACCCAUAUAUCGUUGGCGAUAUCCAUGAUGGUUCAGAUGAAGCGCAAGUCCUUGACCUCGGCCGACGCCAUCGUGGGCGCCAUGCUGCUCGAUGCCCAGGGAAGUGCGCUCAGCCUGCAGCUGGUAGCGAAGCAGGUGCUGGCCGCCAGAUGGCAGGUCUGGAUCAUAGUCGGCUGUCAGGUGAUCGGAAUAGCUCUGCUUCCAGUCGUCGUUGCAAAGUUCCAGGCUGGCGACUUCAUCGACGGCGGCGGCAAUCUCUCAUGCUUCUGCAUCGAGGCAUUCUGGUGGGGAUGGGUGGGAGACUGUUUCGGAACCACUGGCGAGCUGGAGGCAACGACGUUUUGGAUGUAUAUUGCAUGUCGGAUCUUGAACUUCAUGCAGAGCACUUUCCUUUCGACCACUAGCACUGGCCAGUUCCACCGAGCCGAAAAGUACAAAGACGCGCUCCACGACAUCUCAUUUCCAGCUCGUCCAAAAUGGACUGAGGACGUGGAUACUUUGGUAGCAAGCGGCGACAUACCGCCUCCGCAAGAGGUCCAUAUGAACAUUGACAAUGAUUACGACAACUACCCGGCCACAGUCGCAAUCACAUGCAUCAUAUGUGCUCUUUUCUCGCUUACAUCAAUGGUAGCGGCUCAAAUAAUUUUUCAAGCCGGUCUCGAGCCUAGCUCGAACGCCGUCUCGACAGGACAAAUGAUUGCAAUAGUGGUUGCUGCUGCCACUAUUCUGCGCGCCAUCUGGCUACUGUGGCAGACUGUGGCUGAUAACGGCAAGCCAGUAUGGCCAUUCCGUUUCAGCACUGCAGCCAAGCUCCUACCACAUCGCUGGCAGGAAGAGACAUCUACCGAACCGUCAAAGAGAACGUUUCGCCGCGCCGGGGACUAUGCCAACGGCUUUAGCUUUCCGGCCUAUGUUGCGGAAAAUCCGAGUUUAUAUCGCAUCGGCGCCGUCUUUGAAGCUGGUCACGGCCGUGACCCCUUGCCUGUACCAUCGACGAGUUUUGCGCAGCAAAAGACCGUGGAGUUGGACACCGAGUUCGAGGCAACUCUCGAGGAUGGCGGCGGAUUCCGUAUUGGAAUUGGUGGAUUCGAUAUUGGAAUCGCUGGAAUAGGCACUGGGAUUGGUGUGUCUUCCUCGUGGGAAAAGUCAUAUACCGUGAGGAUCACCGCGCAACAAAUCGAGACGUUUCGGCUCACUCAGAAUCGGGCUGCCAUAUCGGAGCUCUCGAAAAGUCCAGCCGUUGAGGCGGUUCUGAAACGGCGAAACGGCCGGGUCUUCGUCAUGACGGGUUUGCGUAUCGCGCAUAGCCUCGAGGUGAGCUCAAAGAAGUUUGAGCAUCCCGUGGUGUUUAGCUAUGAGCUGCAACAACUUCAGUUUCGUGGGGGAAUUCUCAGAGUCAGUUAUGUGUUUCAGUGA